CUGUAAUCUAAAUCCGCCGGUACGUAUUGCUGUGUAACCUCAAACCCCCUCCCCUGUUUUUUCUUUGCUGAUCGAUCUAGCUAGCUAGGAAGUAGUAGACAUUUCUCGUCUUAUCUAAUUUCUACUCUUUUUAACUAAUUUGUCAUAUCCCAUCAAUCAUCAGGCUAGGAAGGCUGAGUGCUCACUACUUCCCUUGCCCAAAACCCACAGAGUGCAAUCUGCCAAUUCCUCGAUCGCCAAGAUGCUGGAAGACAAACGCCAGAGCCCACGCUCCUUCCUCCACCGCGACGGCGGCGAGGCAGCCAAGCGAAUGAAGCCCUGCAGCAGCGGCAGGGACAGGAAAGACAAGCAGCUGGGUGACAAGGUCGUGGCUCUGCAGCAGCUUGUUUCCCCCUACGGGAAGACCGAUACUGCCUCUGUUCUGCAGGAAGCAAUGGACUACAUUUCUUUCCUUCAUGACCAGCUCAACGUACUCAGCGCUCCCUAUCUCCUCACCCCAACACCGCCGUCGAUGAAUGAUCUCCGGAGCAGAGGGCUGCGUCUUGUACCCGUGGCUGCCACGGCCGCUAUUGAUCGCACCAAUGGGGCCGACCUCUGGGCUCCCACCAAGACGUCGCCUGCAGCCACUACUACUGCUGCUUCUCCCAGAAUUGAAAACCUAUCGCAGCAGCCUAUUUCAUUCUAUCAAUUUUGAGGUCUUGCAUACUUAAAUUCAUAAGAGAGAAUAACCAAAUAUUACUACUUUUGCAUUUCAGGCAAAUCUCUGGUAUCCCAGACUGCCAAUUAAUUUAUUUGCUUCAG